AUGUCUGGGGUUGUGCGAGGCCCGGCGGGAAACAACGAUUGUCGAAUUUACGUGGGCAACCUACCGCCCGAUAUACGCACUAAAGAUGUGGAGGAGGUCUUCUACAAGUACGGUACUAUUCGGGACAUCGACCUGAAAAACCGCAGAGGAGGGCCGCCUUUCGCUUUUAUUGAAUUCGAAGACCCAAGGGACGCCGGAGAUGCCGUCUAUGGCCGGGACGGAUACGACUACGAUGGUUACCGGCUGCGCGUGGAGUUCCCCCGGAGCGGCAGGGGUUCCAGAGGCAGCAGUUUCGGCGGGGCUGGAGGCGGUGCCGGCGGAGCUCCCAGAGGUCGAUACGGGCCCCCGUCCAGACGUUCCGAGUACAGGGUGGUUGUAUCCGGACUCCCUCAGAGCGGCAGCUGGCAGGACCUAAAGGACCAUAUGCGCGAGGCGGGCGACGUGUGCUACGCGGACGUGUACCGGGAUGGCACGGGCGUUGUAGAGUUUGUGCGCAAAGAAGACAUGACCUAUGCCGUCCGAAAGCUGGACAACUCCAAGUUCCGCUCGCACGAGGGAGAGACGGCGUACGUUCGCGUGAAAUUAGAUGGUCCCCGCAGCCCCAGUUACGGACGAUCUCGCUCGCGCAGCCGCGGCAGCCGGAGCCGAAGCCGCAGCCGCACCCCCAGCCGCAGCCGGAGCCGAAGCGACUCUCGAGGACGCGGACGGCCCUCGCCGCGCUACUCGCCGCGUCACAGCGGCUCCCGAUCGCGAUCGCGCUCCUAG